AUGUCUGUUGAUGAUUUAUCAACUGUGGAAGAAUGGAUCAACACAAAAGAUGGUGUUCCAUUAUACACUAAAACAUGGAAGUCAGUGAGUGAAUCGCCAGUAGCAACUGUGGUAUUUUUGCAUGGUUUUGGUGAACAUAUAAAUCGAUAUAAUCAUGUAUUUGAAAAGUUUCAAUUAAAGAACAUCGAAGUUUAUGCAUUUGAUCAACGUGGUUUUGGUAAUACUGCUGUAAAAAAUAAAAAUCCUGGUAUUAGUGGUGGUUGGAAAGUUUCUAUGGUUGAUAUAACAGAAGCUUUGAUUAGAAAAAGAAGAAAAGGCACACCACAAUUCUUAUUUGGUCAUAGUAUGGGGGGUGCUCUAGCGUUAAAUUAUGCUUGUGAAGGAUCAGAAAAAAAUAAUUUAGCUGGUGUAAUUUCAUCUUCACCUUUGGUAAGUCAAGCUGUCCAAACAAAAUCCUCACCAUCAGUUGUGACAAUUGGUAGUGCUCUUAGUAGAAUUUUACCAGGUUUGACCAUACCUGUCGAUUUGAAUUCGAACUAUCUUAGUAAAGAUCCUGGAGUAGUGGAAAGUUAUUCAAAUGACCCUUUAGUUCAUGUAAUCGCUAUUAAUGAUAUGUUAAAAGGUGGAGAAUAUAUUUUAAAAAAUAAUUAUAAGAAUAUAACAAUCCCAAUUUAUAUUUCUCAUGGGUCUGGUGAUCUAAUUACUUGUCCUAAUACUUCAAAACAGUUGUAUGAAAAGAUUCCAGCAACUGACAAAACUUUCCACGAAUGGCCCGGAUGUUAUCAUGAACCACACAAUGAACCUGAAAAAGAUCAAGUGAUUGAAGGUUGGAUUCAAUGGAUUCUUGAUCAUGCUAAGAAUGGUCACACCGAAGACAGUCAAACAACUCAAACUAUUCAAAGUACUAUGAACGUUG